GAGCCCCGCCCCCUCCGCGCGAGAGCGAACGAGCGAGCGAGCGGCCUGUCCUCCGCAGCUCUCCCGGCCCGCUCCGCUCCUGCGCCCGCCGCCGCCGCCGCCGCCGUGCCCUCCCGCUCGGUUAUGAGGCACGUCCGCCGGCGCUGGAGCGCGGCUGGGUCUGUGCGGCGCGGCCGCCGCUGAGGCAUCGCCGCCUCCGCCUGGGCGGGGACCGCCUUCCCAGCCGCCGCCGCCGCCGCCGCCAUCGCCGCCAGGAUGGGCCGGGAGCCGCAGCCGGGCCGCCGCUGAGCGCGAGACGCGGAGGGAGCCGAGCGCGGGAGGAGGAGGAGGACGACGAGACGAGGAGGGAGAACGGCCGGCGCCAUGGCGGAGCAGACCUACUCCUGGGCGUAUUCCCUUGUGGACUCUAGUCAAGUAUCCACGUUCCUAAUUUCCAUUCUUCUCAUUGUUUACGGCAGCUUCAGGUCCCUGAACAUGGACUUUGAGAAUCAAGACAAGGAAAAGGACAGCAACAGCUCGGCUGGAGCCUUCAAUGGCAGCAGCGCCAAUAACAGUAUCCAGACCAUUGAUUCGACCCAGGCGCUUUUCCUGCCCAUUGGGGCAUCGGUGUCUCUCCUGGUUAUGUUCUUCUUCUUUGACUCGGUUCAGGUGGUUUUUACAAUAUGCACAGCAGUCCUUGCAACAAUCGCCUUUGCUUUCCUCCUGCUCCCGAUGUGUCAGUAUUUAACACGACCUUGUUCACCUCAAAACAAGAUUUCCUUUGGAUGCUGUGGGCGUUUCACUGCUGCUGAGCUGCUCUCUUUCUCGCUCUCGGUGUUGCUCGUCCUUAUCUGGGUCUUAACUGGGCAUUGGCUCCUCAUGGAUGCUCUGGCCAUGGGCCUCUGUGUUGCAAUGAUUGCCUUCGUCCGGCUGCCGAGCCUUAAGGUCUCCUGUCUGCUGCUAUCGGGGCUAUUAAUUUAUGAUGUCUUUUGGGUCUUCUUCUCUGCCUACAUCUUCAACAGCAAUGUGAUGGUGAAAGUGGCCACACAGCCGGCAGACAACCCCCUGGAUGUUUUAUCUCGGAAGCUUCACCUGGGGCCCAGCGUUGGCCGGGACGUCCCACGCCUGUCGCUGCCUGGAAAACUGGUCUUUCCAAGUUCCACAGGCAGCCAUUUUUCCAUGCUGGGGAUCGGAGAUAUCGUGAUGCCAGGCCUGCUGCUUUGCUUUGUUCUGCGUUACGACAACUACAAAAAACAAGCAAACGGAGAGUCUUGUGGCACAGCAGGACCCGGGAACAUUUCUGGCCGUAUGCAAAAAGUCUCCUAUUUCCAUUGCACUCUCAUCGGAUACUUCGUAGGGCUCUUAACAGCCACCGUGGCGUCUCGCAUCCACCGAGCAGCCCAGCCGGCUCUGCUGUACCUGGUGCCCUUCACCUUGCUGCCACUCCUCACUAUGGCCUACUUGAAGGGCGACCUGCGCCGCAUGUGGUCGGAGCCAUUCCAUUCGAAGUCCAGCAGCUCACGGUUCUUGGAGGUAUGAUGGAGCCGGCGGUCAGCGGCCAAACUUCUGCCUGGAUCUUUUUUCACUCACACAGCUUGCUUGCCGGUGUCUGAGGCAGGGCUGGUACUCCGGGGCAUUGCCAGUUUGUGGAACUUGUACAGACCGACUCGCUGUAUUUCCAGGAGGAGGAAAGGGCAGAGUCGCCGGGCUUGCUCUCCAGCCUCUUCCUUGUGACUGGAGACCCCCUGCCCCAGCUCCCUUCUCCUCCCGGCCCCCCUCCUGUUUACAAACCAGUGCAGACCGUCGGCUGCUCCUGGGGGGGGGGAGGAGGAGGAGGAGGCAGCAGCUAGGUCAGAAAACGGCACACUGAGUCGUUGAGGAACUUGUGAACACUACAAGGAAAAAUGGCCACAGCACUUGGAGUUUCCUGGACAACCCCACCCGUACUUUGGAUCCUGUUUUUCCGUUGGACUCCAGUUUUGGAACGAACUGAAUUUCUUCGCUCCCUGUACUCUUUCUCUCUCCCCCCUUUCCGUUUAUUUUCUCCUGUGGUGUGAGGUGACCUAUGAAAUCCACAGACAUUGAUUGACUUAUCGCAGUAUACCAGAUUAAAAACUUUGUUGUAACAAGUUACAUUUCCACCCUGAUAUCAUAAUGCAGUGAAUAAGAGCAUCAUACACACACACACACACACACACAGAGUCAGACAAACACACACACACAUACACACACACACGUUCCUACACUCCUCCUUUUAUACAUCCCUUCAGGCAUGCACAUAUAGCAUUGUAUAUGUGUGUGAACCAACACACAAAACACAGACCCCCACCCACACUGCAAGGGCAAACUCUGCUAGGAUCAUGCUUUGUAGCUGAGAGGGGCUUGCUGUAAUUUUGAGCAUGUAGAGCAGUUGACAAUGGCUUUCUUGUAUAUGGAUCUGCAAAUAGCCCGAUGCCACUCCCUGUCCCUUCCCACCAGUGAAGCUUCCAGUUCUGUUUUCUUUUAAAGGUGUCGUAUGUCGUACUGAAUGUCCUUCUGGAUGUUAGGGGAUUUUGUUUGUUUUGUUUUUUGAUUUGCAAUCAAUGUAGCAAACUUAGGGGGGGAAGAAAGACGAAGCCUUUUCCUUCCUGCCCUGUUUUGUUUGUGGGUUUGUUUUUUACAACUUGUCCAUAACAGUUUUUAGUAGCUCUCUUCUCUUGACCUAAUGCAUGUAUUAUAGCAGCUGUUGUCUUCGUGUGUUCUGAUCAUAGUAAUGUAUGACUUGUAAAUACAUUUUUUUCUAUUUUCUAUUUUUGGGUAAUUUCUUUUGCAUUGUUUCAUUAGUGUGUUGUAUUUCUCCCCAUUACCCAGUGUUUAAAAAGUGGGGACUCCACCCUCUGCUGUUGUGAUGGUCAACGUUUAUGAUGACUACUUUGUACCUGGGAGUCUCUUAAAAACAAGGACUUUUCUAAACAAAGUGUCCAGGUUCUGUUGUGUUAACUGUGACAGAUCAACUGUUUUAAAGUUUCCCAGCAUCAUGAUCUCUUUUUGAUCAAAAGAAAAGUUUCUGGCUUUCUAUUUAAAGGUCUGUGCUUGUAAAAUCUCAAACCCCAGGACAUUACAGGCCUUUCCUAGGCUGGCUUCAAAGAGCUUGGAGCUGAGAUGGUUUAUUGCCCUUCAGUCAUACGUGGACAGUCAUCUCCUGACAUGCAACCAUCCCUCAUUGUUUCCUUUUUGUGUUCCUCAGCAGGUUUCACGUUGCCUUCGUGUCCAGUUUGAGAGCUUCCUGGAAGCAUCUAGUUAGGUGUUUGCAGGAGGUGGUGUUGUGGACACCCCUCGUCUGAGCCAAGGGACCUCCUUUGUGCAUACAGUUUAGGAGGCACUUUGAGAAAAGGGGCACAGGAACACAAUUCUUAAAUUAAGGGAACCCCUCAGCUUGCCUUCAGAGGUUGUGGGUACUCCAUCCCUGGAGGUUUUUAAAGAAGAGAUUGACCAGCCAUUGGUCUGGAAUGGAGAGGGUAAAGGUGUCCAGCCUUGGGAACUUUAAGACUUAUGGACUUCAACUCCCAGAAUUCCUCAGCCAGCAUAGUCUUAAAGUUCCAAGGUUCGACACCCCAGUAUAGGGUCUCCUGCUUAAGCAGGGGUUGAACUGGAAGACCUCCAGCUCUGUUAUUCUGUAUGUAUAUUUCAUCUUUUCUCAUCAUGAAAAUACAGGUCACCCUACUUCCAUCCAGGCCCUGACCACACAAAGAGCUGCUUGGCUUCUAAAGAUGGCUGGUUUUGUUGUCUUUACAGAUGGCCCUGGUGACGCAGUCUAUCUGAAGCAUGUUGAAUUUUUUUUGUUGUAUUUUAUUUGCAAACAAAUUCAGGACUUUGGUAAUUUCCAAACAAAUCUAGCUUUGGUACCCUGUAUUGAAGACUCAAGAGUUUAGCUUGGCUUAGUUGACUAAUUGGAGCUGAUCCUAAGGACCCCGGCCCGUUUCUCACACUCGACUCAUCAGACCCACGUCUGCUGUAUCCUGAUGUUUGGUUGCCCUAAACCUGUUCUCCAGAGCACAGAUCUUUGGGAAAGGAGUCACCGUGGAACGAAAGUGUAUUUUGCAUUGGUUCGAAUCAUAGGGCAGGAAUUCACUUCCAAAAGCUUUCGUUAGCAGCCGGUGUGCAUUUCCAUAUGUGAUAACAAUGAAGAUGCUUGCAGGGAGACAAGAAUUUUUUUUUUUAUUACGGGAACAAAAUGCUUCUCCUGUUUCCAGUCCACUCAUUUUGCAUACUGGGUGUUUGCAACCCCUCCUCCCUUACCCCCCACAACCCACAAAAGAGUGGAGAGUCCAACUCUCGGGGGUUCUGGGCUUGAAUUUUGAAAAUCCUAACUGAAAUCGCCAGCUUUUGCAGUUGAAAGUUGUUGUCACUUUCAAUCAAUUAAAUUUCAAUUCUCAGAGAUUAUUUUCUUAGUUCUCAACUAAGCGAUAGGGAUGUAAUCAGUCGUCUUAAAAUAAUUGUCGUUGCUCCUGGGAGAAUUUAUCCAUUUGCAUGGAGAAUUGAUGUGCAAUGUGGGUUAUGGGAGAAUGUGAGGAACUUUCUGAAGCGUUGAUAACUGUUUGUUGGGCUCUUCUUCUCCAGUUUCAGUGGGCAGGGAAUUGGCAGGCAGGCAGCACAUCUGGCCACAUGAGGCAGGACCUGUUCGAAGGGCCUGGAAGCAGCUGGGAAGCCUGUGCAUAACUGGGGUCCCGUGGUGUCCAUCCACCUUCCCCCUGGAGGGUCUCUCAAUGCGCUGCAUUGCGUUAACAGUGACUGGGAUUUUCAGCUGCGCAAGAAGCGCAUAUGUGGUGUUUAUUUUGCUCUGCUCAGACCAUGCCUUUCUAUAAAAUAUUCCCAAUGUAUGCAUAUUUUUAAACCAUACUUUUUAGAAGUCAUAUUUUUACAAGUCCGUUCAAAAGCAGCUCCAAAGUGGAUGCUAUACCUGUACUAUAAUUAACAUCCCGGCAUCUUAUAAAGUAUAUAUUAAUUUGU